AUGGAGGCCUCGGGCCGAUCUAGCACCAGAAACGCUGCUAAAUUAGCAGUAUACGAUGCGACGAUGAUCAUUGCAAAUCCAGCCCAUACCAUUCCAAGAGCUCUUGUAGAAAAAGCCUUCGGAGUCUCAUCUCCUAUUCCCGAAUUCAGCAAUAUACCCCAGGUAAACCACAUUGAGGAGCUCAAGUUGAAUUCUUCGUCGUCGUUCGAUUUCACCACUUCCCCAUUUUCCCGAUUGCUUUCAACAACAAUGGCGUGUUUGUUGUUGGCUGGGGUGGAGGCGCUUGCUGCUUUUUCACGCUCUUUACGAUGCAACACACGAAUGGCUGAGUAG